UACCCUCCUGUGCGGUAGUUAUAGGGGAGAUCUGAUCUCAGAGCGGAGACCGUCACUGUGUAGAGGCAGAGGCAAGGAGAGCGACAGCAUGCUGCGAUUCACCGCACAGUCCGCCAACAUGAAGCCUGGGCCGGUGAUGAAGACGAUGGUGAUGCUGCUGAUCAUGUGGGACUUUAUGGAGAUGACUGCAGCUCAGGCCCGCUGUGACCCCCUCACUCAGUAUGCGAACGGCGGCGACUGCUGCAAAAUGUGCGGCCCUGGGACCAGCAUGUCAUCCAUCGGCACUUGUCAGGAGCCUCAGUGCCUGGAAUGUGGGGAGAACGAAUAUCAGGAUAAAUACACCACGGAAGUCAAGUGUCAACGUCAGCCAUACUGUGACCCGAACAGAAACUUUCAGGUUGCUGUCCAUGAGAAGAAGAAAGAAACCAUCUGCAUGUGCAACCCUGGAUUUCACUGCUCCGCUGAAGACUGCAUAACCUGUGUGCCGCACACCACCUGUGAGUCAGGAUAUGGAGUUCUGUCCAAAGGAAAUCGUACGCACAACACAGUGUGUCAGAAAUGCCCCAAAGGCACAUAUUCUGAUGAGACGUCAUUGGACGCCCCCUGCAAGAAAUGGACAGAAUGUGGGAGUGGACAACACGUUCAGCAAAGGGGAACCGAUACAUCUGACAACGUCUGCGAGGAAACCUCACGCUUGCAUGUAGGCGUGAUCGUUGGUGUGCUUCUUGCGGCCGGGGUUGCAGUUGUCGCGGUGCUCGUGUUUUGGCUAUGCAAAGGUAAACAAGGCGAUGCGAGGGGAAGCGUAAAGGUCUGUGUUGAGUCAUGUCUGGGAGACAAAAGGGAGCCCCUGAGAGAAACCACAGCUUACCCUGCUGAAGAAGAGUCCAUGUUUCCUGAGGUGCGGUCCCCAUCAGAGUGUUGUGUGAGGACACCGGUGGAGAACGAGGAUGAGUCAACAAUAGACGAGCGUUUAACUGACAAUGGAAACUUUGUGAUGGAGGAGAAUGGGAAAACAGAAGUCGUCUCCCAGGAGGAAUCACAAGCACAGACAUUUCUGGACUGAAAGAUGGCCGACACUAACAUAUCACAGCUGACCUUAUGUAAUUAUGAAUGUAUGGUGUAUUGUUGCCCCAUGUUUGACAUGUAUAUAUAUUUCUCCACCUAAAGAUGUAUAUAGUUGCCUCUAGUGUUAGUUAGGUGUUUAAGGUAACACUGUUCUAGUGGUGAGCUGAUGUUUCACUGUGAUUCGGUACUGAUGUUGUGUUUUGAUGUCAGCAACUGUUUGUCAUCAGAUUUCAGUACAUUGAAAACAAAUUGUAAUUUUAAGUUGUAGUGUUUUUUGUUUUAUUUUUUUAAAAAAAAGAACUUGCAUUAAAAGUUAUGCUAUGUGAAUUUUAAACAGCAAGAAUAUUUGUUUCUUCUGUCAGACAAACUCAAACAGAAUUCCCAUAGUGCUUUAGGGGAUAUAAACAGGAAGCGUAAUGCGCCGUGAAUUCGGUGAUUCACGCUGUAGGCUGAAACUUGAACGCAGUCAUUGUAGCCUGUUUAUUUCCAUGUUGACAUUAGCGUGAUUAAAAGUAUGCCGAAUUAGCUAUUGGCAGUCGCUGUUUGCAUUGUCCUCAUGAAUGUACAGAUAAAUACCACUACAAUACUGUCAUACUUUAGAAAACUGAAAAACAUGAGGAUUCUGAGGCGAGUUCCGGAGUGAAAAGGAGCGCGUGGUUUCCAAACUGAUGUAUGGAGGUUUAUUCGCGAUGGACAUCCAAGAUAAUGGAAAACGUAAGUCGUAGGAUAAUAAAAAACAUUCAUAGAC